AUGAUGUGGGGUCAUCAGCAGGCAUAUAAUGUUAUUGUGGAAAUACUGGAGGUUCAAAAUUUGGUUUGGCCAAUAGAUAUUGCUUUAACAGAUAAGAAAGGGAAGAUUGAUGCAAAACUACCAAAUCCACUAGUAGAGGUAACAAUAAAAAAUGAGAGUUACUACACAGAUUCUAAAGAAGCAACAUCAUCAUGUGCAUUCAAUCAAACCUUUUACUUUCAAAAUAUGAUGUUGGAUUCUUCAGAAUUUCAGAGAUCAACUGUGGAAAUUAGAGUUCUGAAUCAGGGUUUUUUCAAGCAGGAAUUGAUUGGAAUGUAUACUGGCUCUUUUGAAAAAAUAUAUAGCCUUCCAAAUCACAGAUUAUUGAAAACUUUGGUUCCAAUAACAAUACCUGAAAGGCCAUCAAUACCUUUGGGAUACAUUCGAUUAUCAAUUUAUGUUUUAGGAGAAAAUGAUUUAGUAGCUCCAGAAGACUCUUUUGGUUAUAAUGAUGAUUCAGUUGGUAAUAUACUGGCAGUAUCUUCUCAUUCUGUUCCUGCUCCUGAAUUAGCAAUAACUUAUUAUCAUUUGAAUUUUAAUGUUCAUUUAGCAAGAGAUGUUUUACUUCCAGAUUAUGCAGAUUUGUCACACCAAGAAGCUGAUGGUUAUUUACCGAGUCCAUUUGUAAGGAUAGUGGCUUUAGAUAAUGCUUUAGAAACAGAAAUCAUUAGAUCAUCUCCAUCACCUGUAUGGAAUGAAACUUUGAAGUUCCCUGUUGGGAUUCCAUGUCUGGAUGAUAGAAUUGUACUCGAGUUAUGGGAUGCUCAUGGCGGAGGAGAUGGACCAAGAUUAGUAGCUCAAACAAAGUUAAGUUUACAAGAUAUUUUACAAUCAGAGCUGGGUCCAACUUGGUUGCAUUUCUAUGGACAAACAACUGGAUUGAGAGGUAGUGCAAUUGAUAUCAAAACUGUGGCUUUAAAUUCAUUUAACUCUCAGAAUAAUGGCGAUCAAAGCCAAUUAAGAAUUCUUCCUGCUACAAUACGGAGUUCAGGAUUUGGAGUCCUGGGAAUGUUUGAUACAAAAAAUGUCACGUCUUUUCCAUGUGUUGCUUAUUUGGGUCGUUUAUUGGUUUCAGCAAGUCUUACAAGAAUACCAAACCCAACUCCUAUAAAAACUUCUGCCCAACCUGUUGAAAUCCCAAAAACUGAUCCAUAUUUAUUUUGGGCUGAUAUCUAUGAAGUAAGUGGAUUGGGGCUACCUUCUGAAGUAUAUAUUGAAUUAAGUGUGGGAUCAUGGAGUUAUUGGGUGAUUCCUAACUUCCAGAAAAAGAUUUCUGAUUCAUUUCCCUUCUGUGAUAAACUUGGAAGAGUUCCUGAUCAGAAUUUUGCUUUACCAGAAAUAGAUAUGAGCUCAGAUUUGUUAAUUAGAAUAUAUACAAAGGAUGAAUCGUAUAAUAGACCUUUGUUUCAUUCUUAUAUUCGAAUUUCUGCCAAUGAAAUGCUUAGAUAUUCUUCUGAUAGGCCAAGAUGGUAUCCAUUAUUAUCAGCAGCUCAUUAUGGUGUUAUGGUAGGCCAAGAUAUACCUUAUGAUGAAGCAGCAGCUUUGUCCCAUAUUAAACAUUAUGGGAUGUUAUUAGGAUCUUUUAUACUUAGAAAAAAUGAUCCGGAAAAACAAUUUGAAUAUUUUAUUCCAUCAUUAUCUAAUAUUAAAAGACCUCCAAGAAUUAAUUAUAACUUAUGCAGAUGGAUUUGUAGAGCAUAUAUUUUUCAAGCUAUAAGACUUCCUGUUGUUGAAUCUACCUUACCAGAUUCCUUAGUUAUGGUUACUCUUGGAGGUGGUACAGUUUUAACAGAAAUUAUCCCAAAGACAGUAAAUCCAGAUUGGCAUGAAGCUUUGGUUUUUGAUGCUGCACUUCCUGAUGAUCUUUCAAUUGCACAAUGGUUAAAUAUUGCAGUCUUACAUGAGGACAUUGUUUUGGGAUCUGUAGCUAUUUCUCCUCUAUAUAUUGGAUUUAUGAAAAAAAGUAGACCAGAAUGGUUUAUUUUACAGACUCCAAGAACACCAGAAUGCAAGGCAAGAAUAUUAUGUGCUUUUGAGCUUGUUAAAAUAGGGGAUAUGACUGGUAAUGUUUUAUUUUCUUCAAUAUCUAAUCAAUUAGAGUUAAAGAAUGGUGAAAAUGAUCCAAACUUUGAUCUAAUUAAUAACUAUAAGGCUUGGUCAAUUCCAGAUGUAACCCCAAAAUAUGUUCCUUGUGAUGUACAUCUUUUUCUUAUAGGAAUAAGAUUAAGAAAUCAAAAUGAUUCAAAUAAUAACUCAAUAUUUUCCUUAUCAUCAACAUCAAAGCCAAUAAUUCAGUUUGAAUUUGGUAGGGAUCCAGAAAAACCUGAAAAUAGAUUAUGGGUUCAACAAGCUACACAACCAAUACUUGGUGGUGAUUCUGGGAAUUAUAAUUAUUUAAAAAGUUUAUGUUUGAAAUGCCACAUACCAGCUUCUCCAGUAUUUCAAACUUAUAUAGAAAUCCGAGUUUUAGAGCCAGUAAAUGUAUUUGGUACUAAAUGUAGAGAAUUUGGUACAUCUUAUUUACAUUUAAAUCAUCAUCUUCCAUGGAUUGAAGAAUAUCACCAAAGAUCAUUGAAAACAGAAUUUCAAUAUUUACCUCCAAAACUGGUAAAUAAAAAAUGGUUGAGUUCUGGUAGAAAAUUUUUAAGUAAAUAUUAUAGAGGACCAUGGAAAUUAUGGAAAAAUAAACCUAGAGAAAUAUUAUCUCCAAAAAUAAGUAUUAGAGGAGCUAAUUCAAUAUCAUCUAUGAUAAAAACUUCUUCAAGAUCAUCAUUAAUAUCAUUACCAAGUGGUGAGAUUAUUGAAAAUGUUUCAAUUAAUGAUGAUUGUUAUGAUUUUGAUAAUUUACGUAGAGAAAUGGGUGAUUUAAAUGAAAUUAAUUCAAGUGAAGGAUUAAAAAGAAAUGAAGGAGGAAUUUAUGGUGAGGAUGAAGAUAAUAUUAUUAAUGAUGAUGAAUUAUAUUGUGGGAAAGAAUUAAGUAACCAAAAAUUUAAACAAAUUAAUAAUGAAAAAAAUACUAAUGAUCAUUUUGAUGAUUUCUUUGAUAUAUUUUAUGAUCAAUCAUCUUCGGUACUUGCAGAUACCGGUCAAUUUACUAAUUCCAAUAAUGGUUUACUAAUUCCAACAGAUAAUAAAUUUGAUUUGGGUAUACCUAAUAUAUUACAAGACUUAUUAUUUGGUAAUAAUAUUAAUAAUCAAGAAUCAAAACAAGGUAAUAGUAAUACAAUUAAUAAUUCUGAUAACUUGGAUCAAUUAAAAGAAUAUAAACCUUUUGAUUUUAUUAAUUCUCCAGAAACAUUAUCAAAUUAUCUUCAUAUAGGAGAAGAAGAAUCAUUUAUAAUUGACCCAACAUUAAAUAUUCCAAUACAUGAUUUAGAAGCAUUAAAUUCUUGUAUAUCAUCAAUGGAAGCUUAUAUUAAGCCUUUGAAAAAUAAUCAAAAGAAUAUGAAAGAUGAUGGAAAUAUAGAAAAUAUUAAUCCAUAUUUAAACAUGGCAAAAAGUAUUAAUUGGGGAAUAAAAUCUCAAUUAUAUGAUUACUCAAAUACAAAAAGAACACAUGGUACAAAUAAAGAACAGUUAGAUUUAUAUUUUACUUAUGGAUUAAGAAAAAGUUCAAUUAAUUAUAAUAUGAUUGGAAUAGAAGAAAAUGAUGAUUUUAAUGAUUUAUAUGAGUUAGAUGAUGAUGAAAAUGAUUAUCAGGAUGAAUUAAAUCAUGAUUAUGAGACAGAAUUAGAUAUGGAUGAACUUCCAUAUGAUUCUGUACCAAUAAUAUCAGCUAAUAGAACUGGUGAAGCAGAAGUAGUUGGAUUUAUUAAGAUAUAUUGUAAAAUAUUAUCAAAAUUUUCACUAAAUAUUAACAAAAAUAAGAAAUUAUUAAAUGAAAGUAAUGUUGAUGUUAAUAGUUUAAAUAAUACUGAGAAUGAUAAAGUAAAUAUUCAAACACCAAUACCAAAGUUAUUACCAUUAUCUUCAAGAGAACUAAAAGAGUAUAAUGAAAGAAGAGCAAGUAUAGAACAAUAUAAUCAAAAUCAAAUAGAAUCAAGAUUGGAUAAUGAUCAUUCUAAAACUAAUAAAAACUAUUCUGAUAUUAAUUCUAAUUCUUCUAAUUCUAAUAAUACAAGAGGAAAUAAUUUAUUAUCACUUUUAACAGAUUCACAAUACACUGAUAAUAAUUCUUCAAGAUUAUCAUCAUUAUCAAUCUCACAAUCAUCAUCAUCAUCUUUUAUGACUAAAUUACAUAAUAGAAGAUUUUCAUUAUCAUCAUUUGAUGGAAGAGAUAGUAUUACAUAUAUAAGUAGAAGUAAUAGUUUAAAUGGUGAUAAUAAUCAUAAUAUAAAUAAUGAAAAUAAUUAUUAUAUGAUGAAUAAUGAUAAUGGUUCAAUUAGUUCAGAAAUGAGUAAUAAUAGUUAUAUUUAUGAUCCAAUAUUGGAAAAAUUAAAACGUCAAAUAUUAGAAAUACCACGUUUUAAAGUACGUGUAUAUAUAUUAACAGGACAUGGGUUUGUACCACCAAAACAAAAUUUUAGAAAUGCAUUAAUUUCAUUAGGUGGAAUUGGUGGAAGUUCUGGAGGUAGUAAUGAAGCUAAUUGGUAUAUAAAUGUUAAAACAGGUUCGAAUACAGGUAAUAAUAUUUUUGAUGGAGGAGAAGGAGGAAAUAGUAAUAUUAGUGGAGGAAUGAUUAGAAAUGAUAUAAUAUUAUCAAAAGGAAUGUUUGAAAUAAAUGAUUCAGAAAGUAUAUCAAAAGGUUUUUCACCAGAUUUCUACAAAUCUUAUGAGUUAGAUGCAAUAUUACCAUUAAAUGCUUUAUUGACAAUAACUAUAUUUCAUAAGAAUAAUAAUAAUAAUUUAACAACAUUAUAUGGUAGAACAUAUAUAGACAUUGAGGAUCGUUUCUUUCAUCCAGUUUAUCAAAAAAUGAUAUUAAAUUUGGAUUCAUUACAACCAAUAGAGAUUAGACAAUUAUAUGGAGUUGGAAGUAAUUCAAAUGAAAAUAAUUUAAUGCAAAAUUCAGUAGGAAGUUUAAGAUGUUGGAUUCAAGUAUUACCUCCAGAAAUAGCAAUAAUAAGACCAAUUUAUCCAUUAAAUCCUCCAACAGUAGAAAUAUGUCAGGUUAGGGUGGUAAUAUAUAGACUAAGAAAUAUACCAGUUUCAAAAUUGGUGAAUAAUACAGGUAUGUCAGGUAUAUUAGCAUUUGGUGAGCCAUCAAUAUCAUUAAUGGUAAAAGGAUUAAUGUCACCUAAUAAUAAUACAAAAUUAGAACAAGAUACGGAUACACAUUGGAAUAGUAGUGAUGGUACAGCAAUAUUUAAUUGGAGAUUUGUUUUUAAUAUACCAGUUCCAUGCCAUUUUCCGAUAUUACGUUUACAAGUAUGGAAUAGAGGAUUAUUAGUAUUUGGAGAUGCAAUAUCAGAAUGUUCAUUUGAUUUAUCAAGUUAUUUAUUAAGAUCUAGAAAACUAAAUAGUAAAGUGAAUAUUAAUAGAACUUUAAUAAAUAUGUCUCAUCCAGCUAGGCCAAAUGAGAAAAGAGGAGAAAUGGAAAUUGAAAUAUCAAUAUUACCUUUAUCAUUAGCUGAAUCAUCACCAGUUGGAAUAGGUAGAGAAGAGCCAAAUAAAGAUCCAUAUUUACCAGAUGUAACAGAUCAUAGGAAUUAUAUAACAACGAGUGCAUUUGGAAAGGGAUUCUUUUCAGCUACUUCAAAUGUGAAAUGGGGAGCAAAGCUAAUGACUUGGUUAAUUACAGCAGUAGUAAUAAUAACAAUAUUAUCAUUAUUGAUAAAACUAUUUAAAUAG